AUGCUCGCCUUGCAUCCUCACCACCCACACUACAACAUCGGCAACGAGCAGCAACCGCACUUCUAUCAAGCUGGUCUCCCACACCGCAGCCAUAGCCAGAGCCACUACGCCCAGGCCCAACACCAACAUCAACAUCAACACCAACAUCACAGCCAUCAGCACAAAGCCCAGCGCGCUCGCUCCAUGCCUCAUCGCGUGUACGCUGAACCAGCCCUGACGAGGGCUACCUCGGUCGCCUCGACCGCGUCAAGCGCCACAUCCAACACGUCCGUCUCCUACGCCAGCGACCCAUCGGUGGUCCAGGCCCUCGAAAUUGCCCGCGAGAGCCCAGAUGGCGCCUCGGACCCGACCAUUGGCAAGAUCCUGGACAGCGCCCUCGGCCAAAUAUGGUCCAGGGUGCAGGCGGCACCCAACACAUACGUUAUGACCCGCGAGGAGUUCUCUAUAUUCAACUACUUCCAGCACCGCUUCGUCGGCAACGAGACAGCGGCGCGUGCGCGUGGGCGGUACUGGGACCAUGCUCGGGGCUGA